UAAAGAAGUGGUGGUGUAGCUUCUUUCCAGUGCCUGUGAUUCUGCUUUUGUUUGACACUCUCUUUUAACACUGUUGUCCUCACAAAGAUAUGGAUUUUUUGAUGACAGAGCCAGUUUAUAAACUUCUUAUCUUUUUAUGCAUGAUACAAGGGAUGAAUGGAGGGCUUAUACAUUAUAAGAUAUCUGCAACUGCUGUGGAGGGACAAAACAUCAGCCUGCAGUGCAUUGUGACAGACGAGCAUGACAUCACAAUUAUCCAGCUGGAGUGGAUUAAACAGCAAAAGGACAAAGAGAUGACUGAUCAGAAGAUUGUUGUGUUCCAUCCUGGGUUCCCAAUACAUUAUUUUCAAUCUGGUUUUCUUCUGGAGACAGUGACCAGUUCAAAAACUAGGAAGCUGCAGGGCUCAAUCCUCACUCUGCGUGAAGUUAGAGUGAACGACACUGGAAACUAUAUUUGUGAAAUCACUUCUUAUCCCACUGGAUCAAUUAAAAGAAUCACAAAGCUGCAAUUUACAGAGCCUCCAGCAUCAGUGAAGAUGUCAUAUCCAUAUGGAUUCAUAAAAGAGGGGGAUGAUAUGAAAAUAACUUGUUCAGCGAUCCCUCCACCAAUCCAUUAUAAACUAAAACGUUCAAAGAACAAGAUAUUUUGGCUGGAAAGCUCAAACGGAGAGUUCACUUUACCACAUGUCACCAGAAACGACAGCGAUGUGUACAUCUGUUUACCUGAAUGGGACUCAUUAGUCCCAAAUCUGCAAGGCCUCAAUGCCACCGUCGAAGUGACUGUCAAUUUUCUUGAUGGCAUUGAGUGUAACACAAGCAGCUCUUUAAACGUCAGCGCUGGUGAAGAUGUGGUCAUUUCUUGUAUCGCAAAAGCUUCACAGUACUUGCAGUAUAAGUGGAUGAGGGGUGACACAACACUGUCUCUCUCAGACACUUUGUCUCUGACCUCCAUGACAUCUGAGCAGUCAGGAACUUACAAACUGACAGCUGUCUUUCUGGACAAUCAACUCCAGACAGACAUUGAGAUUUCUAUCCAGGUUCUCCCAAAGCAAAAUGAAGGGAUGAAUGGAGGGCUUAUACAUUAUAAGAUAUCUGCAACUGCUGUGGAGGGACAAAACAUCAGCCUGCAGUGCAUUGUGACAGACGAGCAUGACAUCACAAUUAUCCAGCUGGAGUGGAUUAAACAGCGAAAGGACAAAAAGAUGACUGAUCAGAAGAUUGUUGUGUUCCAUCCUGGGUUCCCAAUACAUUAUUUUCAAUCUGGUUUUCUUCUGGAGACAGUGACCAGUUCAAAAACUAGGAAGCUGCAGGGCUCAAUCCUCACUCUGCGUGAAGUUAGAGUGAACGACACUGGAAACUAUAUUUGUGAAAUCACUUCUUAUCCCACUGGAUCAAUUAAAAGAAUCACAAAGCUGCAAGUUACAGAGCCUCCAGCAUCAGUGAAGAUGUCAUAUCCAUAUGGAUUCAUAAAAGAGGGGGAUGAUAUGAAAAUAACUUGUUCAGCGAUCCCUCCACCAAUCCAUUAUAAACUAAAACGUUCAAAGAACAAGAUAUUUUGGCUGGAAAGCUCAAACGGAGAGUUCACUUUACCACAUGUCACCAGAAACGACAGCGAUGUGUACAUCUGUUUACCUGAAUGGGACUCAUUAGUCCCAAAUCUGCAAGGCCUCAAUGCCACCGUCGAAGUGACUGUCAAUUAAUGGAUGUGUCUCCUCCAUUGAAACCUCCCCCACCACCAGUGAAAUACACAUCAUUGAAAAACCAUGAUGUCCCUAUGACUGAUAUUCAAGUGUGAAUGUAUCAUACACUUGAGAAGCCACAAACUCUGGGCCACAAAUAUGCUGACGAGAAGAUUGUUCCCUAGAGGCCGCACCCAGAAAUGAAAAUUGUUUCAUCAAUAACUCAUCCUCAUGAAGUUUCUUUCAUCUUGUCUUUUUCAUUAAAUUAAAAAAAAUGCGUUCUAUACUAGACUAACUGAGACUUGUCAUGGCACUUGUAUACUGUUGUUGUUCUCUUGUUGACCUGACUGCUUCUAUUGUUC